GCGAGCUGCAGGCGGCAAGAUGGCUGCGCCCAGGCCCCCUCCUGCCUGGCUGUCGGGCGUCCUGGUGCAGGUCCCCAUCCAGGACCUGGAGGCUCUCCGCGCGCUGACCGCGCUCUUUAAGGAGCAGCGGAACCGAGAAACAGCGCCUCGGACGAUCUUCCAGCGAGUCCUGGACAUCUUAAAGCGGUCUUCCCAUGCUGUGGAGCUGGCCUGCAGGGAUCCGUCCCAAGUGGAGCAUCUGGCCUCCAGCCUGCAGCUGAUAACCGAGUGCUUCAGGUGUCUGCGAAAUGCGUGUAUAGAGUGUCCCGUGAACCAGAAUUCAAUCAGGAACCUGGAUACCAUUGGCGUUGCUGUGGAUUUGGUUUUUCUUUUUCGUGAGCUGCGUGUGGAACAGGAAUCCCUGUUGACAGCUUUUCGCUGUGGCCUCCAGUUUUUAGGCAAUGUGGCCUCACGAAAUGAAGAUUCCCAGUCGGUUGUUUGGAUGCAUGCUUUUCCAGAACUCUUUUUGUCUUGCUUAAAUCAUCCAGACAAAAAAAUCGUCGCCUACUCGUCAAUGAUAUUGUUUACAUCCCUUAAUUCUGAAAGAAUGAAAGACCUGGAAGAAAAUCUCAACGUUGCAAUUGACGUCGUAGACGUCCACCGAAGGCAGCCCGAAUCAGAGUGGCCCUUCUUGAUUAUUACCGACCAUUUUCUGAAAUGCCCGGACUUGGUAAAAGCUAUGUAUGCCAAAAUGAGCAAUCAAGAAAGGGUUACAUUGUUGGACAUCAUGGUCGCCAAAAUAGCGGGCGACGAGUCCCUGAUCCAGGAUGACAUCCCUGUGUUUCUGAGCCAUGCUGAGUUGAUUGCAAGGGCUUUUGUGGAUCAGUACAAGACUGUGCUGAAUCUGGCCUCGGAGCUGCAUACUGAGGAGGAAGAGGAGGCCCAGGCCACAAUUAGGCUGCUGGAUGUCCUGUGUGAAAUGUCAGCUAACACUGAUCUGCUCAGCUACCUGCAGGUCUUCCCUGACUUGCUGGAAAGAGUGAUUGAUCUUUUACGACUGAUUCAUGUCACUGGCAAAAACACCACAAACAUCUUCAGCACCUCUGGCUGCCUGAAAGCAGAGAGAAAUGUCUCAAAUAUGGCUGAGGGGUUUAAGUCUCAUCUCAUUCGUUUGAUUGGAAACCUGUGUUACAAGAAUAAAGAGAACCAGGACAAAGUGAGUGGACUGGACGGCAUCCCCUUGAUCCUGGACAGCUGUGGCACUGAAGACAGCAACCCCUUUCUGAGCCAGUGGGUAGUGUAUGCUCUCCGAAACCUCACCGAGGACAACAGCCAGAACCAAGACUUGAUCGCAAAGAUGGAAGAGCAAGGCCUGGCAGAUGCCUCGCUGCUUAAACAGAUGGGUUUUGAGGUGGAGAAGAGGGGUGGCAGGCUGAUUCUGAAACCUUCCACUGACAGGCCUCAGCUGGAAUGAACUCUGCACCCAAUUAUCUGAGUUUUCGGGACCUGUCUCGUAGAAUUUUCAUCUUCUGCAGCAUGUGAAAUUGCAAGUGUGUGAAGAUUAAUAAGUGCAAAUUCAGGAACCCAUGAAUCUUUUAGAUAAUAGGUAAAAGAGUUAAAUUUGUAUAAGCUUAAAAGUGAAAGUACAUGAACAUUCUGUUGUUGUUUUCUUUAAAAUGUAACUGUCUGUUUUGCCUCCCCCCCCUCCCAUACACUGAGUUUAAGUGCUAUAUUGUGCUUUCUGUGGCAGCAAAUAAUAAACUCUCUCAUUGAGAGCCCAUCCCUUAUUUGGCUAAAAUAAAUAUUGGUGUCUUAUUUGGCAUAAAUAAAUAUUGGUGUUAAGUUUCAAUGAAUGUCUACAUGAAAGACUAUCUUCCUCAUCUGUGAAGUGAGCAACAUACACAGAACUAAAAAGCUAGGAAGACCCUGAGAUCUGCUGUUUUACUUAGGGUCAUAUGUCCUUAAACCCCAUUUCUUUUCUUUUAAUUGAAGCGACAUAACAUUAUGUGGUUUCAGACAUACAGACAUGUAUCAACGUCAGUAUAUACUAUGCUAUGCCCCUUAGAGCCCUGUUUCUCUAGGACACGCCAACUGAACUUGUCCUGGACUGCUGAUGAUAUUGCUCCUUCUGGAUUCAGCUCUGCUACCCGGUGACUCCAAACCCUCAGCUCAGAUUACCAGGGAACAGAUUGUUUUUGGGCUCUAGGGUCCAAUCAUCUCUCCCCCAAUGAUUCCCUUCAGUGCUUUUCCUGUUUGCCAUCUCCUUGAAAUAUUUGUGAAACAGCCUUGGACAAAUCCAAGGUAAAGGUGCAGCUUUCUGAACUCCAGACUGAACAAUAAAUAAAACAACC